UCUAAGGAAAUCGAAGAAGAACUAUGCCUCCCGGCAUGCAACGGUCCUGACCCUCGGCAUCCUUUCCUUUCCGCUAGCGGGAGUGACGUCAUUUCCGCCGCUCGUUGGCUCGGCUUUGCGCGUGGUUCGAGGGACGUUCGCUGGGCUGAGCUUCGGGCACGCGGCGCCGGGAACCGUUGGAGCAGCGGCCUUGCCAGCGUCGUCGCCAUGGCGUCCAUGUCACUAGCACCUGUGAACAUUUUCAAGGCUGGGGCUGAUGAAGAAAGAGCAGAGACAGCUCGUUUGUCAUCUUUCAUUGGAGCUAUUGCCAUUGGAGACCUAGUCAAAAGCACUUUGGGCCCAAAAGGCAUGGACAAGAUUCUUCUGAGUACUGGAAGAGAAGGCACAGUAACAGUGACCAAUGAUGGGGCAACAAUCCUAAAAGCUAUUGGAGUUGACAACCCUGCAGCCAAGAUCUUGGUUGAUAUGUCAAAGGUUCAAGAUGAUGAAGUUGGUGAUGGAACUACUUCAGUAACAGUCUUGGCAGCUGAAUUGCUAAGAGAGGCAGAACUAUUGAUUGCAAGAAAGAUCCACCCCCAGACUAUUAUUGCAGGAUGGAGAGAAGCCACAAAAGCAGCCAGAGAAGCCCUGGUGAAAUCUGCUGUGGAUCAUGGUGGAAAUGAAGAAAAGUUUCAUAAAGAUUUGAUGAAUAUUGCAGAAACAACCCUUUCUUCAAAACUGCUUACUCAUCAUAAAGAGCACUUUGCAAAACUUGCAGUGGAUGCUGUCCUUAGGUUGAAAGGAUCUGGUAACCUGGAAGCUAUUCAUGUCAUCAAGAAGCUAGGAGGAAGUCUAGUAGACUCUUAUUUGGAUGAAGGUUUUCUGUUGGAUAAAAAAAUUGGAGUCAACCAACCAAAAAGAAUUGAAAAUGCCAAGAUACUUAUUGCAAAUACUGCAAUGGAUACUGAUAAAAUCAAGAUAUUUGGUUCUCGUGUGAGAGUUGAUUCCACAGCAAAGGUAGCAGAAAUAGAACAAGCAGAAAAAGAGAAAAUGAAGGAGAAGGUUGAACGCAUUCUAAAGCAUGGAAUAAAUUGUUUUAUCAACAGGCAAUUGAUCUAUAACUACCCAGAGCAGAUGUUUGCUGCUGCUGGUGUUAUGGCUAUUGAACAUGCAGAUUUUGCUGGAGUUGAACGGCUGGCUCUUGUAACAGGUGGUGAAAUUGCUUCAACUUUUGAUCAUCCAGAGUUAGUGAAGCUAGGAAGCUGCAAGCUGAUUGAAGAAGUAAUGAUUGGUGAAGAUAAACUUAUUCAUUUCUCUGGAGUUGCUAUGGGAGAGGCGUGCACUAUAGUUUUGCGUGGAGCAACACAGCAGAUCAUUGAUGAGGCAGAAAGAUCUCUGCAUGAUGCUCUCUGUGUUCUUGCCCAGACUGUAAAAGAUACAAGGACUGUGUAUGGAGGUGGCUGUUCAGAGAUGCUAAUGGCUAAUGCUGUGAUGGAGCUUGCAAAAAGGACACCAGGCAAAGAAUCAUUGGCAAUGGAAUCUUUUGCUAAGGCUUUGAGUACGCUCCCAACCAUCAUAGCUGACAAUGCUGGCUAUGAUAGUGCAGAUCUGGUGUCCCAGCUUCGAGCUGCACAUAUGGAAGGGAAAACUACAUAUGGACUUGACAUGAAGGAAGCCACCAUUGCAGACAUGGCAAGUCUGGGAGUAGUUGAAAGCUUUCAAGUGAAACGUCAAGUUUUGCUGAGUGCUGCUGAAGCUGCAGAAGUGAUUCUCCGCGUUGAUGACAUUAUUAAAGCUGCACCACGGAAACGAGUUCCAGACCGUCAUCCAUGCUGAGUAUUGUGCAGUCAGUAUGAAUAUAUGGACCAGGAUUUUGCAGAGUACUUGAGAAGUGUGUUUCUAACAGAUAAUGGAGUAAAGAAUGGGCGUUAUGUACCCCUAGUACAUGGUUAUUUUUUGGUUUAACUUAACUUGUUUUUCAAAGACCAGUUCAUUUGCAGUUGUACAACUGUAUUUCUCCAUCAUCCCCUUUGGCUUAUUACUCUGUAAUAAAAACUUCAAAUACGUAA